UGUAUACUAAACAGUGCACACUGGAAUACAAUGAUAAACUCAUAUAGGAGUAUAUCUAAUAAGUUCAAAAACUGGGUAAACAGACAUAAAAGAUACAAGUAUCUACUAAUUAUUUCAACUGUUGUGUGUUUUUUCUUGUAUCGAACCAAUCAGGCAGUGUACUGCAAGGAGUGGAACCAGUUUAGAAGAAAGCAAUCAAUUUCAAAACAACCCCAACAGAGCAAAGAGAUGAUACAGCGUCUAAAUCAUAUAAAUGAAAUUUGUGAAGAAUUAGAUAUGACUGAUAAUGAAUACAGUUGUAGUUAUGAGAGUAAAGUACCAAAGUUUAGUCAACAAAUUUCAAAAUACAAUUUUCUACAGGAUCCGAAAACUUCAACAGUUUUGUGCUUUAAUUAUAAGAUUGCUGCUUCCUCCUGGAUGGAUUACCUUGCAAGGGUAGAAAACAAUGUAGAGUAUUUAGAACAACUGCGAGAACACGGGAAAUUGUAUGAAAUUACUAAGAGAUUGGGUUUGAGCGAAUCGUCAAUUUUUGCGGCAAGUGUCGACAACGCAAUUUUUAAACUCUUGGUCGUGAGAAAUCCAUUUGAAAGGAUAAUUUCUGCAUAUGCAAAUCGUAUUCUUGAUCAAUCCACCGCUCAAUAUAAAGAGAAUAUUAUCUGGAUGCAUAAGCCCAGUGGAGAACUUUAUAAGAUUGGAGAUACUCCCACUUUAUCCGACUUUAUUGUAUACGUUACAGAAGGAAACAAUGAUCCCCACUGGAAACCGGUUUGGUCCAGUUGCUCACCCUGCCUUGUACAGUACACAGCAGUUUUGAAGUUGGAAGAUGGAGAAGUAGGAAUCGAUAAAGUUUUAGCCGACAGUGGACUUAUCAAGCACGCUCAGUGGGACUACAAACCUAAAAAUAAAAGUAACAAAACUGGUUUAUCUUUCAGAGAUGUAGAUUGUAUGAUAAUUGAAAAGCUGUAUCGUCAUUAUCAACUAGAUUUUAUGCUUUUUCAAUACAAUUUAACCAUGUACUUAUCAAACAUAAACAAGCGCUGUACAUUCCUUUAAUGUGUGCUUUUACUUAAAUAAUUUUGUAUUGUUUAGUACUUUUAUGUCCCAAUAAUCUGUACUUAUUCUUAUUAAUCAUAGAAAAAAGCAUAGAGUAAUAAAACGAAGAGGUGAAGCUUACCUCAGAUGUACACAACCGACCUUCCUAUUUAAUUAAUAGAGUGG